AUGGAACCCAAAACUACCAGCAACCCAGCUCAAAGAAUCCGUUGCAUCGUCAAACUUGGAGGUGCAGCAAUCACUUGUAAGAAUGAAUUUGAGACGAUACACAAGGAAAACGUGAAGAUUGUUUCCCAACAGUUGAGGCAAGUUAUGCUUCUCGGUUCCGCUUCUGAAAAAGUACUUGGAAUGGAUUGGAGUAAGAGGCCAGGAGAAUCGGAAGCUCCGAGUGUCAAUGAUGACGAUAGUGACCAGUAUGUUCACAACUCGGAGAAAUUUGUCGUGGUCCAUGGCGCAGGUUCUUUUGGACACUUUCAAGCUAGUAAAUCUGGGGUUCAUAAAGGAGGAUUAAGCCAGCCUCUGGUCAAGGCUGGUUUUGUGGCUACCCGCAUCUCUGUCACUUCCCUCAACCAAGAGAUUGUCAGAGUUCUAGCAAGAGAGGGUAUUCCUUCAAUUGGCAUGUCCCCAUUUUCAUGUGGUUGGUCAACCUGUGGAAGAAAUAUGGAAGUUGCUGAUGUUUCUAUGGUCAUGAAGGCUAUUGAUUCAGGUUUUGUCCCGGUUUUGCAUGGAGAUGCCGUACUUGACACUUCACAGGAUUGCACAAUACUAAGUGGGGAUGUCAUCAUACGAUAUUUAGCAGCAGAACUGAAGCCUGAAUUCGUGGUUUUUCUUACAGAUGUUUUAGGGGUAUACGACCGCCCUCCAACAGAACCUGAUGCUGUACUGCUCAGGGAAAUAGCCGUACAUGAAGAUGGGAGCUGGUCUGUCAUGGACCCUGCAGUACAAGAUGCAUCUAGAAAAGUCGUGGUUACAGUAGCUGCACAUGAUACUACUGGAGGCAUGGUGACUAAAAUCUCAGAAGCUGCCAUGAUUGCCAAACUUGGAAUUGAUGUCUACAUUGUGAAGGCAGCCACAGAGCACUCCAUCAUCGCACUCAGUGGACGGCUAAAACACCACGUGCCUGAGGAUUGGAAGGGAACAAUCAUAAGAUUCGUGAAAUAA